CGUUUGCCAGCUCCGAGGCAGAAAGUGCCACGACUCCACACGCGCGCACGCAGCCAGCGAGCAGCCGGAGCGGACGGCGGACGGGGCGGGUGGCGUCGGGGUCGCGGCGCCUGCAGUUGCUCGGGGGCGGCUUCUCGGCGGAGGCUCGGCCGGCUCCUCUCUCCCGGUUCCGCGGCGGCGGCGGCGGCGGCUCCUGCCCUUUCGCUCUCCCUCCCGCGUCUCCGGCUGCAGGUGAAAGGAAAGCAAGCCAGGAUGGAUAUUUACGACACCCAGACCUUGGGGGUUGUGGUCUUUGGUGGAUUCAUGGUUGUUUCCGCCAUCGGCAUCUUCCUGGUGUCGACGUUCUCCAUGAAGGAGACGUCGUAUGAAGAAGCUCUAGCCAACCAGCGCAGGGAGAUGGCGAAGACUCACCACCAGAAAGUGGAGAAGAAAAAGAAGGAGAAAACAGUGGAGAAGAAAGGAAAGACCAAGAAAAAGGACGAGAAACCCAACGGGAAGAUACCUGACCAUGAGCCAGGCCCCAAUGUGACCAUCCUCCCCAAGGACGCAGUGCGGGCACCUGCAGUGGCAGUGGCUCCAACCCCAGUCCAGUCCCCUGUGGUCAUUCCCCCUGUAGCCACGGUACCAGCCAUGCCCCAGGAGAAAACGGCUUCUUCCCCUAAGGACAAAAAGAAGAAGGAGAAAAAAGUGGCAAAGGUGGAACCAGCAGUCAGUUCUGUAGUAAAUUCCAUCCAGGUUCUUGCCUCAAAGGCUGCCAUUUUGGAAGCUGCUCCCAAGGAGGUCCCUAUGGUGGUUGUGUCCCCAGUGGGUGCCAAGGGCAGUGCCUCUGCCACCAGUGCUAUGCAGGGCAAGAAGGCAGAGGGGGCCCAGAACCAGGGCAAGAAGACAGAGGGGGCCCCCAACCAGGGCAGGAAGGCAGAGGGGGCCCAGAACCAGGGCAAGAAGGGAGAGGGGACCCAGAACCAGGGCAAGAAGACAGAGGGGGCCCAGAACCAGGGCAAGAAGACAGAGGGGGCCCCCAACCAGGGCAAGAAGACAGAGGGGGCCCCCAACCAGGGCAAGAAGACAGAGGGGGCCCCUAACCAGGGCAAGAAGACAGAGGGGACCCAGAACCAGGGCAAGAAGACAGAGGGAACCCCCAACCAGGGCAGGAAGACAGAAGGGGCCCAGAACCAGGGCAAGAAAACAGAGGGGGCCCAGAACCAGGGCAAGAAGGGAGAGGGGGCCCCCAACCAGGGCAAGAAGACAGAGGGGACCCCCAACCAGGGCAAGAAGACAGAGGAGGCCCCCAACCAGGGCAGGAAGGCAGAGGGGGCCCAGAACCAGGGCAAGAAGACAGAGGGGGCCCCCAACCAGGGCAGGAAGACAGAGGGGGCCCCCAACCAGGGCAAGAAGGGAGAGGGGGCCCCCAACCAGGGCAAGAAGGGAGAGGGGGCCCCCAACCAGGGCAGGAAGGCAGAGGGAGCCCCCAACCAGGGCAAGAAGACAGAGGGGACCCAGAACCAGGGCAAGAAGACAGAGGGGGCCCCCAACCAGGGCAAGAAGACAGAGGGGGCCCCCAACCAGGGCAAGAAGACAGAGGGGGCCCAGAACCAGGGCAAGAAGACAGAGGGGGCCCCCAACCAGGGCAAGAAGACAGAGGGGCCCCAGAACCAGGGCAAGAAGGGAGAGGGGGCCCAGAACCAGGGGAAGAAGGCAGAGGGAACCCCCAACCAGGGCAGGAAAGCCGAGGGGGGCCAGAAUCAGGGCAAAAAGGCAGAUUCGGUUGCUAAUCAGGGCACAAAGGCAGAGGGUGUUGCAAACCAGGGGAAAAAAGCAGAAGGGGCCCCCAAUCAAGGCAAAAAGGCAGAGGGAAACUUGAACCAGGGCAGAAAGUCAGAAGGGUCCCCCAACCAGGGCAAAAAGGUGGAUGCAUCUGCCAACCAGGGUAAAAAGGCAGAGUCAGCUCCUAUCCAGGGCAAAAAUGCAGAUAUGGUCCAGAGCCAGGAGGCACAAAAGCAAGAAGCUCCUGUGAAGAAGAAGUCUGGGUCUAAGAAGAAAGGUGAGCCUGGGCCCCCGGAGACCGACAGCCCGCUCUGCCUCCCCUACAAGACGCUGGUCUCCACGGUCGGAAGCAUGGUGUUCAGCGAGGGCGAGGCCCAGCGGCUCAUCGAGAUCCUGUCUGAGAAAGCAGGUGUUGUCCAGGACACGUGGCAUAAGGCCACUCAGAAGGGUGACCCCGUGGCGAUUCUGAAACGCCAGCUGGAAGAGAAGGAGAAGCUGCUGGCCACAGAGCAGGAGGACGCGGCCGCCGCCAAGAGCAAACUGAGGGAGCUCAACAAGGAGCUGGCAGCGGAAAAGGCCAAGGCAGCAGCCGGGGAGGCCAAAGUGAAAAAGCAGCUGGUGGCCCGGGAGCAGGAGAUCACGGCCGUGCAGGCGCGCAUGCAGGCCAGCUACCGGGAACAUGUGCAGGAGGUGCAGCAGCUGCAGGGCAAGAUCCGGACGCUUCAGGAGCAGCUGGAGAAUGGCCCCAACACGCAGCUGGCCCGCCUGCAGCAGGAGAACUCCAUCCUGAGGGACGCCUUGAACCAGGCCACGAGCCAGGUGGAGAGCAAGCAGAAUGCAGAGCUGGCCAAGCUCCGGCAGGAGCUGGGCAAGGUCAGCAAGGAGCUGGUGGAGAAGUCGGAGGCCGCACGGCAGGAGGAGCAGCAGCGGAAGACGCUGGAGGCCAAGGCAGCCGCCUUUGAGAAGCAGGUCCUGCAGCUGCAGGUGUCUCACAAGGAGAGCGAGGAGGCCCUGCAGAAGCGCCUGGAUGAGGUCAGCCGGGAGCUGUGCCGCUCGCAGACCAGCCAUGCCAGCCUCCGGGCGGACGCCGAGAAGGCCCGGGAGCAGCAGCAGCAGAUGGCCGAGCUGCACGGCAAGCUGCAGUCCUCCGAGGCUGAGGUGAGGAGCAGGUGCGAGGAGCUGAGCAGUGUCCACGGGCAGCUGGACGAGGCCAAGGCGCAAAACUCACAGCUCACGGAGAGGAUCCGCUCCAUCGAGGCCCUGCUGGAGGCGAGCCAGGCCCGGGAUGCCCAGGCCAGCCGAGAGGAGGCCAACCAGCAGCAGGCCCGCCUCAUGGAGCUGGAGUCGCAGGUGUGGUGUCUGGAGAAGGAGGCCACGGAGCUCAAGGAGGCAGUUGAGCAGCAGAAAGUGAAGAACAAUGACCUCCGAGAGAAGAACUGGAAGGCAAUGGAGGCUCUGGCCUCGGCCGAGAGGGGCUGCGAGGAGAAGCUGCGGUCCCUGACCCAGGCCAAGGAGGAGUCGGAGAAGCAGCUCAGCCUGAUGGAGGCCCAGACCAGGGAGGCCCUGCUGGCCCUGCUCCCGGGCCUCUCUGUCCCCACCCACCAGAAUUACGCCGACUGGCUGCAGGAGCUCAAAGAGAAAGGCCCAGAGCUGCUGAAGCAGCCACCAGCGAACACGGAGCCCUCGGACCUGGCUGCCAAGCUGAGGGAGGCGGAGGAGACGCAGAACAGCCUUCAGGCCGAGUGUGACCAGUACCGCAGCAUCCUGGCCGAGACGGAGGCCAUGCUCAAAGCCCUGCAGAAGAGCGUGGAGGAGGAGGAACAGGUGUGGAAGGCCCGGGUGAGCGCCACGGAGGAGGAGCUCCAGAAGUCGCGGGUCACAGUGAAGCAUCUCGAAGAGACUGUCGGGAAGCUGAAAGGGGAACUUGAAAGUGCCGAUCAGGUGAGGGAGCACACGUCACAUCUGGAGGCCGAGCUGGAGAAGCACAUGGCGGCCGCGAGCGCCGAGUGCCAGAACUACGCCACGGAGGUGGCAGGGUUGAGGCAGCUUUUAUUAGAAUCUCAGUCUCAGCUGGAUGCAGCCAAGAGUGAAGCCCAGAAACAAAGCGACGAGCUUGCCCUGGUCAGGCAGCAGUUGAGUGAGAUGAAGAGCCACGUAGAGGAUGGUGACGUAGCCGGGUCCCCGGCUGCCCCCCCAGAGGCCCCCUCAGCAGAGCAGGACCCCAUCAAGCUGAAGUUGCAGCUGGAGCGGACGGAAGCCAUCCUGGAGGACGAGCAGACGCAGCGGCAGAAGCUCACAGCCGAGUUCGAGGAGGCUCAGCUCGUGUCGAGUCGUCUGCAGGGGGAGUUGGAGAAGCUCCGCUGCAGCAGCGCCCUCGGGUCCUCAGAGGCGGAGGAGGCCACGCGGCUCAAGGAGAGACUAGAAAAGGAGAAGAAAUUAACCAGUGAUCUGGGACGCGCUGCCACCAAACUACAGGAGCUUUUGAAGACGACCCAGGAGCAGCUGGCAAAGGAGAAAGACACGGUGAAGAAGCUGCAGGAGCAGCUGGACAGACCAGAGGCCGGCAGCAGCAGCUCGAAGGAGGGAACAUCUGUCUGAGCUUCCUGCGGAAAAAGAAGUCACUGUUCAACUUACCAAAAUGCCUUACACAUUCCUGACCAAUAAACAAACCAACACAGCGUUAUCUGGGCCCAACUUGGGUAGCUCUGAGAAGCCAUAGAGACGAGAGUCUCUUAGCACCAGAAGUAGCUCUUCCAGACCCCAGUUUGUAAAAGAAUCUUUGUCACAUUCGAUAAACACUAUUCCCUAGGACCGACCCUGGACCACCUGCCAGCAGACGCCAAAGCCCUCAGCAGCUGUGUGACAGACCCGGGUGUGUGCUAGGGGGCCGGGACCUUGGGGUGUGUAUGUCAACCAAUCAGUGCAAUUGUUGUGUCUUUUGUGGGGUUGGCGGUCGGGCGAUGGGCAGUCCGGGUGGUGAGUCCUGAAGGCUGCAGCGCAGACUGUAGGGUCACAGCCAGCGAGGCAGCAGUUCUCACCCCUGGAAACAGUUGCCACCACAACUGACGUGUGACCUCCUGGGUGUUGAUGCCAUUAAAACCCGUGUGUCGCCCGGCACUUUGGGAGA